AUGAUCUUCUCAACGCUGAUAGUGGAGGACAACCGUACCAAGGUGGCCACGGGUACUACGAACGUCGAUAAUAAAGUCUACCCUGACGCCCUCCACCGAUGGACGGAAUUUCCUACGUUUCACGCUGCCCGAUUCGAUCUCCUCGUGCACGCGGUUGGGGAUUCGGAAAUAUUCCCAUCCCUUUUCGAAGUCCGAUCUACGAGGCGCAAUCUCUCACCAACGACGAGAAAGGAUGAGCAGGAUAUACGGCCAUUCAUACGCGCACACGUCGAGGUGCCUGCCAGCAACAUUGUGGAUGCCUACCUAGAGAAACACCCGGACCCCCGGUUCGCUACCUUCGAGUUUAGCAACAACGCCUAUGGCCUCAGCCGUGACACAGUCCUUAACAAUACGCCACUGAGAACCCGCAAUGAGGACCAGCCGCCACUGACAAAGAGACAGUCGCCAGACAGGAUGUCCAGUUUAGCCCCGGACCGGUGGGGGAUCCAUGUCACCGAAGACCAUGCUCGCACAAUUGCAUUAGUUGGAGAAUAUAAGGCGUCUCACAAGGCUCAGGCGUGGCGGUUCAAGAAUGUACUCGAUGACGAUACUUGUCCUACAGACUCGUUAUUUGCAGACGCGUCAGUCGUUUAG